CUCCCAUACAACAAUCUUGCUUUCUAUAACCUUACUUGUGUUCGUCUCAAAAGACCCACAUAGUUCAUAUAUCUCGAUAUGCGCUUCGUGGCCCUCUCGAAUGAGAACAGCAGCUCCCAGAAGUCCGUCACAACCAACAACUCGAACAGUCAUUGUCAUCCCCAACCAUCAGUCAAUGACUCAUUGGUCAUUGAGGGUAUGAUAACAUGUCUACAAAAUCAACUAGUUCUGAAUAACAAACUCUUUGAAAAGUUCUUGAUUGCGGACGAAGCCCGGCAAAGUAGAUACGAAAAGCAGUUAGCCGCUCAGGAUUCUGAACUCCAGGAUCUCCGAGACCGGUUAGACAAGCUUGAAAAUGCCCGCUUUCUUAUGGAGAGUUCAUACGAGCAAGAAAGUUUUACUCACAAAGGGCGCGUGUACGAGCUUGAAAAUCAAAUAAUAGGGCUCAAAGCUCGAGAGCGUGGCCGAGAACAGCAGAAAGAUUAUACGGUGUCUCAACUUAAACAACAACAGAAGGCUUUUGAAGAUCAAUUGGAGGCUCAGCGAAAGGGGUUUGAGGCACGUAUCAGGGAGCAGCAAGAGGGCUUUGAAGCUCGAAUUAGAGUGCAGCAUGAGGAACUCAUGGGUCGUCUGAAAAUGGGACAGAAAGAGGUCAUGGCUCGGAUGGAAAAGCUGGAGUCUGCUGCGGCCAUUGUAAAGGAGCCCAAGCCCAAAAAAUCCGUGAAUUUCAGUGAGAUGGCAACCGUCCGCACUUUUAAUCCACCACAGUAUGCAUCACCAAACCUGGGGAAGCAAAUUAGUGAUGAUAUGGAAUGUUCUGGGGCAAGCGGGACGUCCGCUCGGUCGUCAGCACUAGUACGAGGUGCCUCUUUUGCUACUGCAAGAAGUGUGGUGCCAGCCAAAGCAAAGAUGAAAACGUGAAUGAUGUUGCAAGCCUAUCAAUCAGUAUAAAUCUUUGAAAUUAUCUGUUAUAGAAGUCUGAGUGUUAAUUGUUUGCAUAUAAUAUGUGCUUU